UGCCAUUCCAUCACCAACACAACGCCUAACGGCGCUAUCCAACACUAAUUCACAUGCUCUGCCGGACAAUUCGUUAAUUAUUUUUAAGAUCAACAUAAAGAUGUCCUUUUUACGCAGUGCUGCUGGUUUUCUGGCGCUCACUAGGUCUCUCGGAGGCCCACCAACAGUGCAAACACGCCGCCACAUUAAGCGAUGGGUUUCGCCAACGUUACGUGAGCUAGCCCACCGACAGCAGAAACUGGGGCCACAGAAGCCGGAGCCGCGUUCCGGAUUUGUGGAAUGGAACCAGCGCUCAGAGCUGUUCGCCUUCGGCAAGCGGUUGGGUGAAUCCUUUGAAAUGGCCUUGCUGCAACGCGCAUUUAUAGAGAGAUCCUAUGCUCACCGCGAAGAAGAGAAACGACGUAAGCUGGGCAUCGAGGAGGCAGACCUUCAGAUAGCGGACAACAGCGAUCUGGCGCAGAAGGGCCAGAUCAUAGCCCGUGCAUAUGUAGAUGCUUUCCUGCAGCACCAAUUGCCCAAAGUCCCGAAAGAAGGACUCCAAGCUAUUGCCAGCUAUUUGCUCGGCACAAACACGCUUGCGCACGUCUCCAGCCAUCUGGGCACAAAGGACCUGAUCCACUCCACAGAGUACCCGCCAUCUGCGGAAAGUCUGGCACAAUCCCUGCAGGCGGUGAUUGGAGCUCUGGCAGAUUCCAGCGGCGUAGAGCGGGCUUUCCUUUUCGUGCGUGACUUCAUCUGCACUCAGCUAAACCAGAAAGAUCUGCUCGAUGUGUGGACCCCGGAGGAACCUCUCCAGCUGCUCGAAAAGAUCUGUCAGGAGCGAAAACUGGGAGAUGCUGAACCUCGCCUGAUCGGAGAUUGUGGAAAAAAUACGGUCCUGGCCGCUUACCAAGUGGGCAUCUACGCUAACCGCCAGCUGUUGGGGAAAGGAUUUGGUGAGGACCUUAAAACGGCCACAGAGACCGCGGCCAUUGACGCCUUGCAGAGCCUUUUCGACACCCACGACAAUCGGAGACCUUUCGAUUUCAGAGUCCAGCUGGAAACAAAAAACGUACGACUAGGUUAAGGAACGGAAACGGAACGGAACUGGUCUGCGUCCUUGUUGAUUUUUGUAAUUUGAACUAAACACAUGUACGCAUGCAUUGUCAGAGAA